AUAACUGCAGGCUUCGGCUGUGAUUGGUCCUCGUUUGGAGAAGCUCAUGGGUUCAUUCCGUUGAUAAGCGCCUCCCCAUUUCUCUAAACUACAUUAUAAUGCAACCAACCUUCCUUUUAACCACAAACCGAAUUUGCUUUCAUUUACUCCAUAUAUAUUUCCUAAAUAGGUUAAAGUCAUAGAGAUUUUUAUUUAUUUAUUUAUUUUUUUACGGAAUAGCAUUUCGCCCUGGAACGGUGCGCAAUGCUAUCUCACGCCGACCUCCUGGAUGCUCGCCUCGGUGAGUUAUCGUCACCAAACUCCGGUCUUCAACUCUACUGGAUGAAGGAUGCGGCGGAGCUUCUGGGCCACAGGGAGGCUUUAAAGUGCAGGUUAGGCGGAGGUGGUCCUGACCCGGGUCACUCCGGGGAGCUGGGCCACGGUCCGGACGGUGUAGAAGGAGCCACGAUGCUCCCCGGUGAUGAUAUCAGCAACGGCGGAGGAGCCAAUCAGGUGCAGGUGAACAGUAAAGAGCAGGAGAAGCAGCAGCAGAACAACAACAACCCGAACCAGUCCGGAGGGCAGCAGACCCAGAAACAAAAGCGGCAUCGGACCCGCUUCACUCCGGCGCAGCUCAACGAGCUGGAGAGGAGCUUCGCCAAAACGCACUACCCAGACAUCUUCAUGCGGGAGGAGUUGGCGCUGAGGAUCGGCCUGACCGAGUCCAGAGUGCAGGUGUGGUUCCAGAACCGACGCGCCAAAUGGAAGAAGCGCAAGAAGACCACCAACGUUUUCCGCGCUCCAGGGACCCUCCUCCCGACGCACCACGGGCUGCCUCAGUUCCCGUCCGCCGCCGCCGCCGCGGCGGCCAUGGGCGACAGUCUGUGCUCGUUCCACGCCAACGACACCCGCUGGGCCACGGCGGGGAUGCCCGGCGUGUCUCAGCUGCAGCUCCCGCCCGCUCUGGGCCGCCAGCAGGCCAUGGCGCAGUCCCUGUCGCAGUGCAGCCUGAGCGCGGGGCCGCCACCAAACUCCAUGGGUCUCUCCAACAUGUCGUCAAACGGCUCCGGGCUGCAGUCACACCUGUACCAGCCCACUUUCCCCGGGAUGGUACCCGCGUCCCUGUCGGGCCCGACCAACGUCACCGGCUCGCCUCAGCUGUGUAGCUCGCCGGACAGUGACGUUUGGAGAGGGACAAGCAUCGCGUCGCUGCGCCGCAAAGCGCUGGAGCACACAGUAUCCAUGAGCUUCACCUAGGAGC